UUCCUACUCUAUCAUCCUCUUAACUUUCUUUGUAUCCACAAGCCGCAACCAAAUAAACCUUAGUACAAAGUAAACUUUUGCCACAAAGUCAAUUUAUCCCUUGCUUGGGACGAAACUUCAACUAAAGUCUAAAAGUCCGAUCUCGGACGCGCUAGCGCGGAGAUGAAGCCUUCUCUACUUCCGAUCCGUUUCCUUGAAUUCUCUACUACAUAAGGGAAUACUUAGCUUUGUAAUUUUCAGGUUUCACUGAUAGUUUAUUUUACUUGUACUGUGUUGCAACUUUUCAUUUAUUAGAAUAAAAUUCUAUUUCGUUCUAAAAUUUUUUUUAAAUUAAAAAAAAAAAAGUUUGUAUUUUACAUAGUUGGGUAUACCGAAGUCUUAUUUUAGUUUCUUGUUUCCAAAAAAAAAGUCUAUUGUUCAAAGAAAAAAAAAAAAAAAAGUCUUAGUUUCUCAAUUGGGCUUCCAAAUACUAUAUUGGAUAUAAAAUCUUUGAGAUAAAGUCAUGGCAGCAGCAUUUGGAGAGGGCUUUGCAGUGUUACAUGUCACUGUUAAGGAUGUGGUAAGCAAAGCCCGUAUGUUCAAACCCAUUCUUAAACACCUCGAAUCCACGUUAGAUCGUUUGGCGCCAACAGUAAACGAAAUAACACAAUCAAGUGAACAGCUUGAUCUCCCAGAAGUGGAAACAAAUAGCUUGAUCGAACAUAUGGAGGAGGGAGAGAAGCUGGUUCUCAACUGCAUGAAAAUCCGGUGGUGGAACUAUUGUUUCAAACUAUACUACUCCCUUAAACUUAAAGAGUUGGUCGAAGAAAUCGUCAGGUUCUGUCAGCUUGAUAUGCAAGUGCACAGCACAAGGAAUGUGUUGAGGACUUUGGUAAAUGUGAAUAUUAAUCUGCAGAAACAAAGGGUGCUGUGCGCGGUUCGUGAUCCCCCGGAUUUUACAGUCGGGUUGGAUAUGCCAAUGAAGGAGUUGAAGACGCUGCUGUUGAAGGAGGAGGUGCAGCUGCUUCUACUGACUGCUCCUGGAGGAUGUGGGAAGACCACAUUGGUGCAAAUGCUUUGUCAGGAUGACCAAAUUAGAGGAAUGUUUGAGGGCAAUAUUCUCUUUGUGAACCUUUCAAAAACUCCCAAUGUGAAGGUCAUUGUGCAGAACCUAUUAAAUUAUAAGAAUAUGCAGCCUAAUUUUCAAAUUCAAAGUGAUGAAGAUGCAAUCAACCAGCUGUCACAACUGCUGAAUCAUCUUACACCUAAUCCUAUAUUGUUGAUCCUAGAUGAUGUCUGGCUUGGGUCAGAAUCCCUUCCUGAAAAGUUUAAGUUUGAUCUUCCCAAUUACAAGAUUUUGGUUACUUCAAGAACUGCAUUUCCAAGAUUUAAAUUUACAUAUCACUUAAAACCACUAGAUGAUGUUGAUGCAAUGACUCUUUUUCAUCGCUCAGCAUCCCUACAUGAUGAGAACUCUUACAUUCCAGCAGAAGAAGAUGCCAAAAAGAUAGUAAGAGGCUGUGGGGGAUUCCCCCUAGUCAUUAAAGUGAUUGGUGGUUCACUGCGUAGGCAGCAUGAAGUAGUAUGGCACAGUAGACUAAUGAAAUGGUCUGAUGGUCAAUUUUAUUUUAGUUCUGAUACGGAGCUGCUUGCUCAUCUUCAAAAAAGCCUAGAAUUUUCCGACGACAAGGUCAUCAUCAAAGAGUGUUUCAUGGACCUAGGUUCAUUUCCUGAAGACCAAAGGAUCCCUGCCGCUGCCCUCAUUGAUAUGUGGGCAGAAUUGUAUAAACUGGAUGAAGAUGGCAUCCAUGCCAUUGCCAAUUUACAAGAACUCAACAUUCGAAAUCUGGCUAGUCUUAUUAUGGCAAGGAAAGAUGCAAGUGAGGUCAAAAGUUAUUAUAAUGAAGACUUUGUCACACAACAUGAUAUUCUUAGAGAGCUUGCUAUGCAUCAGAGCAGCCAGGAGUCUAUAGGACAAAGGUCAAGACUGAUUAUUAACAUAAGUGGAAACAAUAUACCAAAGUGGUGGACAGAACAAAAACAGCAACUCAUUAAGGCUCGCCUAUUAUCUAUAUCAACAGAUGAAUUAUUCUCGUCUAGUUGGUGCAACAUUCAAGGAUCCAAAGUUGAGGUUUUAGUUUUGAAUUUUCAUACAAAGAAUUAUACAUUACCUGAGUUUGUGGAGAAAAUGGAUAAACUCAAGGUUUUGAUAAUCAAUAAUUAUGGUUUCUUUCAUUCCAAAAUAAGCAAUUUUCAAUUUCUUGGGUCUCUACCCAAUUUAAAAAGAAUCAGAUUAGAGAAGGUUUCAAUUCCUUCGCUUUGCGAGACCCUAGUACCAUUGAAGAGUUUGAAGAAAAUAUCCUUGUUUAUGUGUAAUAUUGGUAAGGCUUUUGAGAAUUGUACAAUUCAGGUUUCAGAUGCAUUUCCAAAUUUGAUGGAGAUAAACAUUGACUAUUGCAAUGAUUUGGAGGAAUUGCCUCUUGGGCUGUGUGAUAUCAUCCACCUCAAAAAAAUCAGCAUCACCAACUGUCAUAAGUUGUUUGCACUGCCAGAAGAAAUUGGAAAGCUGGUGAAUUUAGAAGUGCUAAGGCUUAGGUCAUGUACUGAUUUGUCAGAGCUACCAGAUUCAAUUAGAAGCCUCCAUAAGUUAAGCAUUCUAGACAUAGCUGACUGCCUAAGCAUUAUGAAGUUGCCAAAACACAUUGGUGAGUUGUGUAAUUUAAAUGAGCUCAACAUGAAAGGGUGCUUGAGAUUGCGUACUCAGUUUCCAGAAUCAAUAAUGGAUCUUGAGCAGUUAAAGCUUGUGGUAUGUGACGAAGAGAGGGCCAGGUUGUGGGAGCCUAUCAAGGAAUUCCUCCCCAAGCUCAAGGUAAAGGUGGCUGAAAAAGAUAUCAACUUGAAUUGGCUUCCCAAAUGAUUUCUGAGAAUUGUUCUCCUUCAAAAAUGUUGUGGGUUCAAUAUGUUAUGUCAAAUGGAAAUAUGCUAAAUCACAGUCAAUGCUAACAGUAGCUACAAAGAAAAUAAUAAGGGGGAGCUUACAAAAUAAAGGAUUUUUCCAAUAGUCAUUCAUUUAAUGGGUGGAUAGGAAUAUAAUCCAAUGCUGUAUUGAUGAGCUACAUAUAAAUUUAGAAAAAAAAAUUUUAGAUGCAAACCGAACAGUACACAACUUGGUUUUGGAAGAUAUGGCACUAAAAGCUGUGUGUACUAAUCCAUCUAUAUUUAACUUCUGCACCGUCUUAACCUUUGCCUUGGAGCUUUGGAGUUUGGAUACUACAUGAGCAUGGUUUUUGAGCCUCAAACCAUUUUGUCUAUUCUUUGCUUCCGUCUAAAGAUUCUGAUUCAUUCUGAGAUUCAGGUUCAAUUUAGUCUAUUCACUGAAAAUUUUUAAAAUAUAUUCUAAGAAAAGAUGGGCAGUUGCUGCAAUUCAAUUUAGGCAAAAACGCAUAUUUGGUCUAUAUUUUGACCUCAUUUUCUUUGGUUCUUAAGUUUUUAUAACUUUCAA